AUGUUGGCCGGCUUACUUAUUCUUACUUUGGAUGACAUGUCCUGCAGAACUUGUAAUCAGAUCGUUUAUUUCAGUACUAUCAACUUCACCCAAGCAUCUCGGGUGAUCCGUCGUCAAGUGGGUCAGGGUCAGGGAGGAACUUUUGAGAAGGCGCUUCCCAUUCACUAUUCAAACCUGGCUUUGUAUGAACCCGAAGUAGAUGGUCCGAUCAAAACUUGUUGGCGAUAUAAUGAGGCUGGAAAACACGUGCGCAUAUCCAAGGUGACGGGUAAACCCAUGCCGGUGCCACAGCCAUACCUGAAGAAACCUGAGCCAGGACCAGCUGGACCUAAAGAUUCAUUCAUGAACGAAGUACAAGAUGUGACAUACAAGCCUAUCCAGAUGACUUUCGAGAAGUACAUGCAAAAGGCUCAGAUGGCGCGCAGACAGGCGUCGGUGGGCGGUCGUGUCGACAAAACAAUCUUGCACGCGUCCAGGCGAAACUACUUCUAG